AUGGAGACCAUUCACAUAGAGAACACAAGUGGCGCUGUGGAAAUUGACGACAUGGGCCUGGAAGCCCUGGACCCAUCCAAGGACCCCUGCCUGAAGGUGAAGUGCAGCCCUCACAAAGUGUGUGUGACCCAGGACUACCAGACUGCCCUGUGUGUCAGCCGCAAGCACCUGCUCCCCAGGCAAAAGAAAGGGAACGUGGCCCACAAACACUGGGCUGGACCUUCGAGCUUGGUCAAGUGCAAGCCCUGUCCCGUGGCACUGUCGCCCAUGGUCUGCGGCUCCGACGGCCACACCUAUACGUCCAAGUGCAAGUUGGAAUUCCAUGCUUGUUCUACCGGCAAGAGCCUCACCACCCUCUGUGAUGGGCCCUGUCCGUGUCUCCCGGAGCCUGAGCCACCAAAACACAAGGCAGAAAAGAAUGCCUGCACAGACAAGGAGCUGCGGAACCUUGCUUCCCGGCUGAAAGACUGGUUUGGAGCUCUGCACGAGGAUGCUAACAGAGUCAUCAAGCCCACCAGCUCUGACACUGCCCAAAGCAGGUUUGACACCAGCAUCCUGCCCAUCUGCAAGGACUCCCUGGGCUGGAUGUUCAACAAGCUGGACAUGAACUACGACCUCCUGCUUGACCACUCAGAGAUCAAUGCCGUCUACCUGGAUAAGUACGAGCCCUGUAUCAAGCCUCUCUUCAACUCCUGCGACUCUUUUAAGGAUGGGAAGCUCUCUAACAACGAGUGGUGCUACUGCUUCCAAAAGCCUGGAGGGCUCCCUUGCCAGAAUGAAAUGAACAGAAUUCAGAAGCUGAGCAAGGGAAAAAGCCUACUGGGGGCAUUCAUACCUCGGUGUAAUGAGGAGGGCUAUUACAAAGCCACACAGUGCCACGGCAGCACCGGGCAGUGCUGGUGUGUGGAUAAAUACGGGAACGAGUUGGCUGGCACCAGGAAACAGGGUGCUGUGAGCUGUGAAGAAGAGCAGGAAACCUCAGGGGAUUUUGGCAGUGGCAGCUCUGUGGUCCUGCUCGAUGACCUGGAGGAUGAACGGGAGCUGGGACCAAAGGACAAAUCGGGGAAGCUGAGGGUGCACACCCGGGCCGUGACGGAGGACGAUGAGGAUGAGGACGACGACAAAGAGGAUGAGGUCGGGUACAUAUGGUAG